CGGUACCUGCCCGCCUCCAGCCGCCGGGAGCCCAGAGGAUGCAGACGCCGGGGCCAGCUAUGAGGAUGGAGGCCGGCGAGGGAGCGCCGCCGGCGGGGGCGGGCGGCCGCGCUGCGGGCAGCUGGGGCAAGUGGGUACGGCUCAACGUGGGGGGCACGGUGUUCCUGACCACCCGGCAAACGCUGUGCCGGGAGCAGAAGUCCUUCCUCAGCCGCCUGUGCCAGGGGGAAGAGCUGCAGUCCGACCGGGACGAGACCGGGGCCUACCUCAUCGACCGCGACCCCACCUACUUCGGGCCCAUCCUGAACUUCCUGCGGCAUGGCAAGCUGGUGCUGGACAAGGACAUGGCGGAGGAGGGGGUCCUGGAAGAAGCGGAGUUCUACAACAUUGGCCCGCUGAUCCGCAUCAUCAAAGACCGGAUGGAGGAGAAGGACUACACGGUUACGCAGGUCCCGCCCAAGCAUGUGUACCGUGUGCUGCAGUGCCAAGAGGAGGAGCUCACCCAGAUGGUCUCCACCAUGUCUGACGGCUGGCGCUUCGAGCAGCUGGUGAAUAUUGGCUCCUCCUACAACUACGGCAACGAGGACCAGGCAGAGUUCCUGUGUGUGGUGUCUAAGGAACUCCACAGCUCCCCACACGGGCUGAGCUCCGACUCGAGCCGCAAAACCAAGAGCACGGAGGAGCAGCUGGAGGAGGAGCGGCAGCUGGAGGAGGAGGAGGUGGAGGUGGAACAGGUGCAGGUGGAGGCAGAUGCACAGGAGAAAGCUGUUACAAGCCAGAGGCACCCGGAUGUGAGGUCCCAGAUCACCUCCAGGGACUUGGGGUUCCGAUCUGAAGUCCUUUAUUUUUGUACCACGGGGUGGGCCCCCAGCUCGAGGUGGAGGAAGCGCUCGUCCCAGUGCCACCUCUGUCUACACCUGCGGGGCUGUGACUUACCCCGGCCUCUGGGGUGGGCCCUGGGACCCCUGGGCAGAGCCACCUGCCUGUGGCCCAAGUGUGGCGCUGUCCAGCUUUGUCUUCCAGGCCCCUAUGUCCCCUCCCCCGAGACCCCUAGUUGCAUGGCGGAUACAAUCCUUCCUGGCCCAGUCACAUCCCCCCCUUGAGCCUUCGUCCCCGAGUGUCACAUGGGUUCACUCUUCCCUGUCACCUACCUCACAGGGUUGUUGUGAGGUUCCAUCUAAGAGAGCAGGGUCUCAGAAAGCCCUCCCUCGAGGAGCGUAAGCCCCAGACCCUGGGUGCCACCCCCUUCACCCUUUCCUCAAGGGGGAAGGACCUGCUUAGACCCAGAAGAGAUUCUGGUAUAGAUGGGGGAGGAAGCGGGUGAGGUGGCCCUGUCGGAAGAGGGGUGGGGGACUGGGCCUUUGCCUGGACUGCUCCCACCCUGUCUGUACUGCUGGGGGCAGAGUGCCCUGGCCAGGAGGAGGCGGGCAGUGGCCCAGCAGGGGCAGUGGGGCUACUCAGGAACUGGUGAUGAGGGAGAGAGGGACUCUGUUCCUUUGCCCAGGGGCCCUCCUGCGUUUAUGACUUCCUGGCUGGGUCCUGCUCAGCUGUGCCUGACCCCAUGACCCCACCGUGUAAUAAAACCUGAAGAAACA